CCGAAAAAUAGCAAAAUGCUUUCCUUGGUUCAGGGGAAACAAACCUGAUGAGAUUUCGAUGAAAUUUCACCAAAAUUCACGUUUUUUGCGAUGGAAAACGCUACGAUGUCUGAGCCAUUAUCACCAAAUACUCUCCAGGAUCGCAUGGACAGUCUCCAGGAGCUGACGGAAUUCACUGAGAAGUGUAAAAAGCAGCUCCAGGACAUGUUUGAAGCGCUGGGAUGGUCUCAGGACUACAAGCCUCCCAACCAGGAACCCAUGGGUCUGUGUCCGUAUGACUCUGGCCACAGAGUCCCGAUCAGGUCCAUGGAGAAGCACAAGGCUUUCUGCAAGCUGCAGAAAACGGGCUACACACCCGAGGAGCAGGCAGAGAUGUAUGAUCCGUCGGUGUGUUAUGAGAACAGCAAUGUCACAAGCUUUACAAUGGAUGAAUCCACACAGCACCAGGUUAUCCUUCAGGCAAGAUCUGCAGCACCACUGAUGAAGAUGGAAGGAGUCUUCUGGCAAGGUCAAUACUCCGGCCAGCCUGUCGACGUUCCUCAAAACCACAAGCGAGCCAUCUGCGACCUCACUGUUGCCGACCGAUUGGCUCUUUACGAUCAUGUGUCCGGUGUCUUCCGCCAGCAGAAGGAAGCGGCCAACAACGAGGAUCUCUACGUAGAUUUGGUGUCCAAGCUCCAGAAGAAUGAAAAGCAAGAUGAACCCAAGAGUCACCUGGAGCUGAUGGCAGAGAUGAGGGACUACAAGAGGCGGCGCCAGUCCUACCGAGCCAAGAACGUUCACAUCACAAAGAAGUCCUACACUGAGGUGAUCAGAGAGGUCAUCGGCGUCCACUCGGACGAGCUCGCCAGACAGUGGAAAGAGGAAGAGGAUGAAAAGGAGUCGCUGAGGUCCGAUCGCUCCUCCCACAGUCGUCCGUUGGACAAAAGAAGGUCAGCGUCCCCGGAGGCUCAUCCCUCGCACAACAAGCGCCGCCGCAGUCGGGAACGGAGCCGCGAAAGAGAGGACAGGAAGAGGAAAAAAAGGAAGGAGAGGUCUUCCCGAUCCCCAAGUUCCCAUCACCACAAGAAGAAGAAAAAAAAGAGGACAGCAGAGAGGAAGAGAAACGAGCGCGGCGGAUCCACAGCUGCUGAACCCAGAUCAGACGAGGUUGAUGUCCAUGCAGAUUGAAGGACUCCCGUGCCGUUAUUAAAGCUUUGGGAAUCCAAAACAUUUUGAUUGUUUCAUAAUUUUAAAGAUGCAUGUACCAUACACGAAGUUUAGGAGCAGCAGACGGUUAAAGGAUGAUCUUGCAUGAUCUUUUCCUGCAGAGGCAGUGAUGCCGUACAGCCGUUUAUCACCGUCUGCAGCUCGUCAGCCGUCAUACCUCACAGCGAUGGUGGCGCUGUGGGACGCCAGCAGUCCUCCAGUUUGUGUCUUCCUCGCCUCUGCAGUUGUAUUUGUUGACCAGUAGAGAUCGUCAGAGAUGUGACAGUAAACACACUGGAGCUCCACUCCAGAAACACCAAGGGUUAGGGUUACAUUCCAGGAAAAGGUGCUCUGUAGAGUGGAGGACACAUGGCUCCGGUCUAAUGGGAGACCCUUCAAAGUUUCUCUCUUUUUUGUUUGUUUGUUUCUUAUACACCGCUCUGCCGGCUGCUACACCUCAGCUCUUAUUCUCAACACUUUUUUUUUUUCAUUCAUUAUUCCCCAGUUCAAUUACAUGUCUGCUAAUCCUGUUUUUCCUUUUAUCAUCAAACUAAAGAUGGUGUGUAAUAUCAGACAGUAGCGUCAUAAUUCAAUUUCAAUUCAAUUCAAUUUUAUUUAUAUAGCGUCUAAUACAACAGAUGUUGUCUCUAGACGCUUUCCAGAGAUAGAGAUAAUUCAUAAAUGUUCAUUGCAAGGUCUAAGGUCAUGUUUGUUUUGGGGCUUAAUUGCUAUUUUUUUUUUUUAUUACACAAGAAUACCAUCGAUGAGAAAGCCCCUGGGAGUGCGUUAUUGUCGUUGCAUCAUUUAGAUGAUACUGUCUGGAUGUGUUUUUGGAAAUAAAACUGUACACCAUUAUUUCUUUUUACAGAAAAAAAUGUCUCUCCCACCAUCGGUUAAUCAUUUUCACAAAAUUACAUGUAAAAUCAA